AUGGCAUUGUCGUUCAGUGCCGAAUCAUGGAUCUGGUACACAUUCGCCAUCGGAAUCGUCCUCGCGAGGCUCAUUUCUCGCACCCUUCUCUUCCGCUCUCCCAAGGGUCUUCAAUAUGACGACUGGAUAAUGGGUCUCUUCGUCACCGGCUGCUACACAGUCCUAAUCAUCACAUCAACCAUCCAAGCGAGAACACAUACAAACCUUCUCGCCCCGGAUUUCGACAUCAAUGCACUUACCCCCCAAGACAUCUCAGAGCGCGAGUACGGAAGCAAGAUUGUCAUCAUAGUUGAACAGAUGCAAAUCGCCGUUGUCUGGAGCUGCAAAGCAUGUCUACUAAUCAUGUACCACCGCCUCACACGCAUGGCCCUCCACAACGAAAACAUCGCCAUCAAGAUGCUAGCCGUAUACGUCGCGCUUGGCUUCGUGACGACCGAGAUCCUGUACUUCACCGCGUGGUGCCGACCCUUUUCCUCGUACUGGGCUGUCCCCACAACGAACUCUCAAUGUAACGCCCUAACCAACCACCGCAUCACAAAAGCAGUCUUCAACAUCUCCUCCGACGUCGUCAUACUAUGCAUCGCGCUGACAAUCUUCAUCCGCUCGCUCCUGCCCCUGAAGCGCAAACUGAUCCUCUGCGCCAUCUUCUCCCUCGGCAUCUUCGUCGUCGCGGCGAGUAUCAUGAACUGCUAUUACUCCUUCAAACACCCCUACCGCCCAACUUGGGUAUUCUGGUACAUCCGCGAGUCGUCAACCGCCAUCCUCGUCGCCAACCUGCCCUUCACAUGGACACUGCUGCGCAAAGCUUUCAACCUCGGCGCUUUCGACGAGGACCACCCCCCGCCAGUGACAUACCACUCCUCCCGCACUGCCGGCGGCCGCCGCACAGCUCGCGUGCACAACACGCACCCCGCCGCAAACAGAUACACGUCGGGCACCACCAGCCGCGCCAGCAACGGCAGAAGCCUCGUCGACUCAGUCUUCACCCGCACAUACCCCGAUACCACAACAACGACAACAACAGCAACAACAAAGUCCAGCCCCCAGAGCACGCGAACAGACCGGGAUCUCUGCACAACAGCGACCCACGACUUUGCCCCUCUGUCGUCCACCCAAUCUGCCCCUCCUCCGUCAACGUCGAGAGUAAUGCCAGACGGCACGGGCGGCUUCCACGUGAAUAACCGCCCGAUUUCUUCCCCGGCGCGCGCGAAGCUCGCGCAGAGGCCUGCGAGCGCGAUGUCCGGGCGGACGAGCUCGAGUGUUGAUGGGGGCGGGAGGAGUGUGGGGGGAGCGGGGGGAGGGAGGAGUGCGCGGGAUCGGAGGGCGAGGACGAAGAUCAGUGGGUGA